CUGUUUUUUUUCCUGAAAAAUGACCGCUGUACUGGAUAGCCUUGGCUCGGAUAUGCAUACAAACCAUAUUACCUCGAGCAGCUUCAGUACCGUUCACAAGUCGCAGGAUUCCCCAACAUUGCCGGUGUCAACUGUGACCGACAGCAACUUCUACAGUAGUUCACAGACAGGUCACUGCGCGGGGACAGCGUACGCACAACUGGCAUCUUAUUCCUAUCAUCCUGGUACAGUGGGUAAUGUUCACUACAGCCCGAAGGCUUACGAUUUAGGCUAUGCUUCUUCCUAUGGCGCUUAUGGAACGUAUGGACCCAGUUCUUCACCAACUCCAACCGAACCAGAGAAAGAAGAGAGUGAGCCAGAGGUGCGCAUGGUGAAUGGAAAGCCAAAGAAAGUCCGGAAACCGCGAACCAUCUACUCCAGUUUUCAGCUGGCGGCUCUCCAGCGCCGAUUCCAGAAGACCCAGUAUCUCGCGCUCCCAGAACGCGCCGAAUUGGCGGCUUCUAUGGGCCUCACACAGACCCAGGUGAAGAUAUGGUUUCAGAACCGACGCUCAAAAUUCAAAAAGUUGUGGAAAAACGGCGAGAUUCCAUCAGACCAGGUUGCUACCGGUGACUCUCCCUCUAGUACUCCUCCACCACAAGCAGGUUGGGAUUUCCCACCGAACCAGACACCAAACGACGGAGACACAGUUUCAGAGCAGCCCAAUGGGCCACCAAACACCACCGCCCCAUCAUUUUUGACAAACUAUUCAUGGUACUCAUCCACGAAUCCAGUCACACAUCUACAGCCCAGUACCUUAAUACAACCUCAUCACAGCUCUGCCAUGAGUGCUGGGGCCAUAUUCUAACAGAGGACUAAAAUGGCCGAAUACACCUGUUGUAGGAGGAUAUAGGCCUAUAUUCUGUCACUGGACUUAU